ACAUAACAAAUGGAUUUAAAUAAUUUCUUACAUAACUACAAAUCUGUUUGGUGUGAUAUAUAUGAUAAGAAUGGUAUAUUUCGCUAUAAAUUAAAAGAAUCCGAAGAAAGAAUUUUAAAUGAGAAAUAUUUGCUUACAUAUAAUGCUGAAAGAGGUUACAACAGACGUAGGCCACAAGAAAUUCAUAACAUUUGCCAGCCAUUCAAUGAAAACAAAUUUAACUUUAAUAAAGUGAGUCCAGAGGAAAUAAUGUUUACAUUCGCCGAUCAACAAAAUGGUGAGCACCAUUUGGUUCUAGUGAAUGUCAGCCCUAUAGCAGAAUAUCACACUUUGCUUUGUCCCUCAGUCAAUAAGUGUUUGCCUCAGGUUGUCACUGAAGAAAGCCUAAAAUUAGUAUUUGAAAUAAUGCUUGCUUCUUUGGACCGGGAUUUAAGAAUAGCUUUCAACAGCCUAUGUGCAUUUGCUUCAGUAAACCACUUACACUAUCAUUUGCUCAUAGCCAAACAAAAUUUACCCAUUGAAAAGUUGAAAUGCAAGCAAUUGAGAGGACCUCUGUACAUACUUGAUGACUCAUAUCCAGCUUCUGCCUUCUGUUUUGAAGUAACAUCACCAGAGAUACACAAGGAAAUAUACAAAUUAAUUCAUUUAUUCCUACAAAAAUCAAUAGCACAUAACAUCUUUAUUACUAGAGGUGAUUCAUUUGAUGGUAGCAAGGAAAUAACAAGAUGCAUAGUUUAUCCAAGAAAAAGUAGCUCAGGUAUAAAACAAUUGCAUGAUUUCAAUGUGGCUGCUUUAGAGCUCAGUGGGUGGAUAACUGUGUAUGAUAAAAAUACAUAUGAAAAUCUUAAGGAAAAAGAUAUUGAUGAUGAAUUAAGAAAAUGGAAGUAUGAGGCAUUCGAAGAGUUAUGUGAAGAACUUACAAUGCUGUACUAAACAGUAUAGACUAUAGCCAUAAUCUAUUCUAGUGUAAAUUACGAAAAAGAUAGUGACUGUUUUACACUGAGUCUCUCUAGUAUCGAUUUUCAAGUUCCAAGUUCAAUGGUCAGACAGUGAUUCAUUGGCAAACAAAUGAGUCACUGUGCGUAAUGCGGCAAUUGAUAUGUUUGUUUACUUUCAUUAAUUAGAU